AGCUCGCGUUGCUGCUUGCACAUGCGCUCCUGGUGCUGCAAGUUUCCUAUUAAACCGGAAAGACCUCCGGGAAGAAAAGGCGCAGUCAGGUAGCUUUCACCAUACAGAGUGAAAAUAAUAUAAUAACAACAACAGGCAAAGACAAACCAAAUAAGAAACCCACAGGAAAACAGGAGAGUGCAGACGUUUUCCACUCUUUGAAGGUCUAGUCUCCCAUUUAGUAGGACUUGGAACAGAACAUCUUCUAAAGACAGGUUUUGAAGAAAGGUUUGUCAAAAAUGUCAUUGUAUCCAUCACUGGAAGAUUUAAAAGUGGAUAAAUUCAUUCAGGCCCAAUCUGCUUAUGAGCCAAACCCUCCUCUGACAAAUGUACUACCAGAGCCAUCAUGUUUGGAGAAUGUUGAAGCAGUUGUUGAAGACAAAUCAAAUCUUUAUCCCAGGCUUUAUCCAGAGAUAUCAGAGUUCAUGGGUCUUAGCCUCAAAGAAGAUGAAAUCCAGCAAAAUCUUGCCUUGAUUCCUGCUGUUCUUCAGACUGGGGAAAUAGCAGCUCGACCAUCAGCAUUAAAUUACAUGAUUGCACCAGUAACUGGAAAUGAUGCAGGAGUUCUAAGAGCUGAAAUCAAACAGGGAAUUCGAGAAGUAGUUCUGUGCAAAGACUUUGAGGGAAAAAUUGGAUUACGCUUGAAAUCUGUUGACAACGGGAUUUUUGUUCAGCUUGUUCAAUGCAACUCACCAGCAGCUUUGGCUGGCAUGAGAUUUGGAGAUCAGGUGUUGCAGAUCAAUGGAGAGAAUUGUGCAGGAUGGUCUACAGACAAAGCUCAUAAAAUUCUUAAGCAAGCAUCUGCAGAAAGGAUUACAUUUGUUGUUCGUGACAGACCUUUUGAACGAACCAUCACUUUGCACAAAGACUACAAUGGACAUCUUGGAUUUGUUUUUAAAAAAGGCAAGAUAAGCUUCAUUGUGCAAGAUAGCUCUGCUGCUAGAAAUGGUCUUUUGACAGAACACAACAUUUGUGAAAUCAAUGGACAAAAUGUCAUUGGACUAAAGGAUCCUCAGAUCUCUGACAUUCUUAGUUCAGCAGGAGGUGUAAUAACUAUGACAAUAAUGCCUUCAUUCAUCUUUGACCAUAUGAUUAAAAAGAUGUCAUCAAAGAUUAUGAAGAGCCUCAUGGAUCACUCAGUUCCAGAAGUUUAGUGUACGGCAGUCUUUGACAUUCUUGGAAGAUCAGCCAUUUAGCUGGCCCUGGCCUGCAGUUCUCUGUCUUUAUCCUCCAGGUUGCUGCCUCUGUGUAUUUUCAGCAGUUUCAUAUCAUGCAAGCAAGCAUUUAGCUAAGGGGCCACUGCAUGAAUGAAUUACUAAAAUGCACAACACUGAUCUGUAUAUACAGUUCUGAAUGCUGUCCUUUCUAUAUUCUACAGAUAAUCUGUGCCUAAAUGCAGGGUGUUAGGGUCUUUAAAAAAUAAAAUCAUGUAGGUUGGUAAUACAGUAAUGUAAUAAAAUGGAAACCAUGACAAAAGCAUAAAUAUAUUUGGUUACACCACUAAUACUAGUUUUAUUAUGCUGCUCUCUUCAUUUAUUUUGAAAAUAUUUUAGUUUUUGCUGUUUUGUUUUUAAAAAGCUUACAAAGUUAUUUUUCCUCCACAGAAUCAUAGUUAAUUAAGUCAUUAUUAUUUUGGAUAUUGGACAGCAUGGUAGCACAGUGAAUAGUUCAUAGUGCCGGAGAUUUUGCUCAAGCAUUUGGAUACUCUCAGGGGACAAUAGCUUCUUCUGCAUUACAAAGACAAGCAGGUUAGCUUAAUAAAUUACUGUAAAUUGGCUUUAAAAGGCACUAAUAUAUAUAUAAAUAAACUUUAAUAUUAUUAUAUAUAGAAAUGUUGAUGUUUUGGUGUGUUUUCAUGUCAUACAGUAAAACAGUUGUAUGUCCUGUGCAUUUUGAGAUAAGCUCCAGCUCCAUGUGACACUUUAAUGGACUUAACAAGGUCUAGACAACAAAUGAUUGGAGAUAUAUAUCUAAUAUAAAUUUAUUUAUUUAUUUUAACCAAAUUCACUCUCUAAAUUUCAAGGAAGCUAUUUUGACAAGUGAUUUGAAUCUAUACAUUUGUGUUCAUGGUAUAUGCUGUAAUUAAAAUAAUUAAGAUUUAUUCAAUAUAAAGUCUAAACAUACAUCGACAUAAACAUAGAUAUCUUAUUCUGGAAAUUUUAAUACUUUUGGGGGGUUGACAAGUAUUUUACUACAUACAGUAACAACUAUAACCAUUUGGUACUGGUGUAUCUCAUCUCAGGUUAGAGUAGUUUAGAGAAGACUCUGUAUAUAGCAUACAGAUUUGGAUUCUUUCUAGACUUAAUUCUGUAUAUUAUCACAAAUUUACAUGCAAAGCUCAUGUAAUUGAAAAUCUUGAGACACGAAUCAGUUUAUACAGUGAUAGUACGGGGUGUGCGCAUGCCUGUGAGAUUUAUUGUUGCAUGUUCAUUAUGAUAGCUAGUCUUUGAAGAUAUUUUGUCAGUAAGCAGUUAUUGAUGAAUGAGCAUAUCCCCCCAAAUACAAACACACACACAAUCCUCUGGUACUGAUUUGUGCUGAACAAGAGGCCCAGUGUCUUUCCAGGGUUACAUGCAUUUUCUUUCAGUCUGCAACUUGUCAUACUUUAAGUUGUAUUUUGACCUUUGACCCCUCUGAAUGUUGAUUGGAUACUUGGCGGAUGCCCUGGCUGGGAUACUGGUUGUUCUUGUAAGUUUACAUAUUUCUGGCAGAAUCUGUAAAAUGUUAGCCAUUUUUGGAAAAUAGGAAUGAUCAGACAAAACACUAUUCUUUUGUUUAGAAGCAGUGCUCAGGUGAAACUACAGUAUUUGUCAUCACAGAAUUGUGUCUGUCCAUUAGUAAUCCUAAUGUUAAAUGAAAUCACACAGAAGUUUAAGUAACAUUGAAUGUUAAUGUUAUAUGCCUGAUAAUAUACACACAUUGGUUAAGAUGGCUAUGAAGGUAAGUACCCAUACCCGUGCCUUGUUUGAUUGGCUAUUUUAUAGACAUUAAUUACAGUGAGUUUUUUUUUUAGCUCUUCAGAAACCCUUAUGUAUUUCAGUCAGGGCUGUACUUCUUUUGCUAGCUACUGAAGCAUGGAGAAAGAAAGAGAAUUGUCAAAGGAUCUGUGAGAAAAAGCAGUUCAACUUUAUAAAUCAGGAAAAGGAUAUAACAAGAUAUCCAGUGAUUUGAACAUGCAAAUCAUUAGAGUUCAAAAUCUGAUCAAGAAGUGGAAAAAUAGGUUGUUAUGUUAACACCAAGCCACUAUUUGUUAGGCCAAGAAAGUUUUCAGACACAGCUGCCAGGAAAAUUGUUCAAAAUGUCAAGAAAAACUGCAAGCAACUUCAACUGAAAUACAGGCUUCUCUGAAAUAGUGUAGUUGCUGUUUCAGCAUGCACAGUAAGGAGAUACUUGAAUAGAAACUGUUUGCAAGUCAAAGUCAUUGCUGCACCAAUGCCAGAAAACAGCCUGCUGACAAUACACCAAACAGCAUUUAGAGAAGCUAUAAAACAUCUGAAAUGAAAUCAUUUAGAGUGAUGAGGCCAAAAUUUAACUGUAUGGUCACCACCAUGAAUGUUAUGUUUGGAGAGAAAUCAACAAGUCCUGUGAAUAGAGCCUCACCAUCUGUAUUGUAAAGCAUGGAGAUGGAUCUCGGCUGUUUUUGUGGGUGAGGAAAUUUAUUUCAGAUUGCAGGCAAGUUGAACAUCAUUUGUUUUCACAAAAUAUUAGAGGGAAAUUUGCAUUCAUCCACCUGAAAGCUGCGUGUGAGGUGCACUUUCCAACAUGACAUUGAUCCGAAACAUAAGGCCAAGUUGGCCCUUCAGUGGCUUCAGCAGAAAAAAGUAAAGGCUUUGCCAUGGUCAUCACGGACUCCUGACCUCAACAUCAUUGAGCCAUUUUAAAGAGAUCUCAAACAUGAAGUUCAUGCAAGACAACUAAAAGAAUUUACAGAACCUGAAUUUUUUUUUUUGCUGAGGAAAAUGGACGGCUUUACCACCUGAGAAAAUAAAGGGCCUCACUCACAGCUAUCAUAAAAGACAGCAAGCCACCAUUGAUGCUUAAUGGGUCAAUACACAAUACUAAGAUUAAAGUGUAGGCAAACUUUUGAACAGGAUCAUCUUAUUAUUUCCUUUAUAGCUGAGUUUUGUUUAAUGAUUUUAGUAUUCUGUGAUGUGCAAUAGUUUCAUUUGAAUCCCGUUAAAAAUAAAUGUGUUUUGUCUGAUCACUCAAUGUUUCUUUAAAAAUCAUACACAUCUUACAAACUGACAGGGUAUGUAAACUUCUGGCCACAACUGUAUACAUGGUCCUUUAAUGUUUGCAGUACAUGAGUUAAGAUGCUUAGCCAACGUUUUUUGUGCAUGCGCUAGUAAUAACUCAAUAAUAAAUUUAUUUAAAUAAAGUGAUUAUGAUUGCAGUAUAUAUUGAUUGAUAUUCCCAAAGGAUUUUAUUUUCAUGUGGCUGUCGAGGGUCUUUCAAAGGAAGGCGGCCUGUAAAAUACUGUAUAUUCAGAAGUGGUGGAUUAUAAUGCAGCCAGUCUAUACUUUAGAGAUUAAAGUUUUUCUGCUAAGUAAAUGUAGAAAUAUUAUGCAGAUUCUGAAGACUAGCUAUUAUGAAACGCAUCUAUAAGUAAUGUGCAGAUGUGGAGCUGGAUUUGGUGUAUGCAAAUAACAAUAAUCAUGAAUUGUAGUCCUUGUCAAUUUGAAGAAUUUCAAAAAUAAUGAAAAUUAUGAAGUAUUACUGAACCCAAAUGUUAGUUUUAUUUGCUUAAUUAGUUCAUGGAUGGGCGGCACGGUGGCGCAGUGGGUAGCGCUGCUGCCUCGCAGUCGGGAGAUCUGGGGACCCGGGUUCACUUCCCGGGUCCUCCCUGCGUGGAGUUUGCAUGUUCUCCCCGUGUCUGCGUGGGUUUCCUCCGGGCGCUCCGGUUUCCUCCCACAGUUCAAAGACAUGCAGGUUAGGUGGAUUGGCGAUUCUAAAUUGGCCCUAGUGUGUGCUUGGUGUGUGGGUGUGUUUGUGUGUGUCCUGCGGUGGGUUGGCACCCUGCCCGGGAUUGGUUCCCUGCCUUGUGCCCUGUGUUGGCUGGGAUUGGCUCCAGCAGACCCCCGUGACCCUGUGUUCGGAUUCAGUGUUUUGGAAAAUGGAUGGAUGGAUGGAUAGUUCAUGGAUAAGUGCAGUGUACAGUGAGGCUGCUUUUUGUCACGUGUAUGAGUUUUUCUUACUUUGCAUUUUUUAUUUUUAUUAAUUUUUUCAUGAUUAAUAACUUUCUUUAUGCUCAAAUUUAAGCUGUGGAUUAAUGUAAAAUGAGCAGAAUGUUGCACAGUAAUUUUGUUUUGAUGCAGCAGACCAUGUAAGAAUAAAAUAAAAAAUUCAGAAAUGGCAUAGCAUAUACCAGUAGCACACGUUUGUGGGCUGACUUCUCUAUUUAUGACUUAAGGUGUGAGAAAUCCAGUGAAAGAAUCACACCAUGAUGAGAUCAGCACAACAGUUCAAAUACUCGUUGGGCGAUUGAUUCUAUAAAAUGGGCAUUCCCAUGCAAUCAUUCAUUGACAGAGUAGACCACGUGUCAUCAUGGUAGUCAGUUUACUGAGUGAGUGCGUUUUUUCAGUUGAAAUCCUGCACACCACAGGAUUUCACGAAUGGGAAACAUAACUGGCAAGGGAGUAAGAAGUACCUCAAGUAAGCUGAAUUUUGUGGUUUCUAUUAAGUAAAAUAAAGUUACACGCUUUAAUGGACAUUCCAUUGCAAGUAUUCUUGUUUGUCACGGCACUGAAGAGUGUCAAAAUGUUGCAUUUUACUUGGAAUGCAAGUAAAAGUUUCAUUAAUCCUCUGCACACAUGACAUGACAAUACUAUUACUGGGCGAGAGAAAAAUGUGCUGCUCUACUGUACUUGCAUAUUCAUAUACUAGGAAUGAGUUCAGUAGUAGUUUUAAUAAAUUAGAUUUGUUCACUAAGUGAGUCAGUUUAACAUUACGUCUGAAUUUCUGCACAAAUAUUUUUCUGAAAAAGUCAACGCACCUUUCAAAAGGCACUAACAACCUGGCAUAGGGUGAAAAGGACACACAUUUAUAACGAUGUUAAGAGCAGAUGUACUUUACUUUUUAUAUUUCUAUUGCAGACUCAUCCCAAACAUUUACAGUUUGUGUGUGCCACCCAACACAUAUAACAAACAAAACCCCCAAAAAACCAGACGAUCUCACUGUUGUGUGCUUAACUGAACUCUUUCAUAUUUGUCUAAAACUGAAAUAAGGUGGUGUCUUACAGUUUUAUUCCUAUUAGUACGUUUGCAUUGUAUUUUCUGCCUUAAAAGAAAAUCUGAAAACCACCUUGUGAGUUUCUCUAAUACUUUAGUUUUUCUGACCUUUUGUCUUAAAGUGCUUUGAACAAAAAUAUAAGUUGUAUGAAAGAUUUCAGGAUUCAUUUUCAGUACGAGGUAAGCUUGCAUUGUCUGGUGGAGUUUGCUGUUUGCAGACAUUUGUUUUUUGAAAUGUUUUUCACUUCACACUUGCUUUAUUAAUAAGGAAAUGUACCUUUAUGUGUAAAUAGUAAUAACACUAAAGUUUCUAAAACGAGAAUAUUUUUAAGAGUUUGUUAAUUGUUUGUUAAUGGGGGAGCAACUUGUUUAUUUUACUGAACAUAAAGUCAGAUGUUGAUGUGCUGAACCUUUUGUUUUCUUGCUGCUUUUUAGUUUGACUUGAAGAUGUUCAUUUUGUGAUACUAAGAAAUUGUGAACAUGUCAUCAUUUUUAUUGGUUUUGCUUUAAAAUAAAAGUGUCCUGUUCUGAA